AUGAGCGACGCGAAACCGCACGACCCGGCCGCGGCGUGUCCCGUCGACCACAAGAGCCGCGAAGCGUGGAUGCAACAAGCCCGCGCAGCCUCUUCCUCCUCGUCCUCCACCACCUCCGCCCCUCUCCCGCCAGAUCACCCGCGGAUACCGACCGCUGCAGCAGGCGCCGAUGCCGAAGAGAGCUGUCCCGUAGACCACAAGGCGCGCGAAGCAUGGAUGCAGCAGGCGCGGGCGGCGUCGGCAUCAUCGUCUCCUUCUCCCGCCGCACCACCCCAGCAGCAGCAGCAGCAGCCCCAACAAACGUCCUGGACAUCAGGCAUUCUCUCCUACCUGCCCUUUGGUAGCAGCUCCUCAUCCACCACCGCAGCCGUGCAACACCACCUUCAACAGCAAGUCCCAGAACAAUCGCGACUAGGAACCAGCCGCAUCGUCUCCUCGAUACCGCGAUCGGGACUCCUGCCAACGGGAGAAGGCGAGGCUGGGCAACAAGGAACACAGCACAUGCCAGCCAACAAGGAGCAGGAGACGGGCGCCGACGAGGCGUCGGGCAAUUGGAUCUACCCAUCAGAGAAAAUGUUCUUCGACGCCAUGAAGCGCAAGGGUCACGACCCGCAGGCUCCCGACAUGCGCACCAUUGUGCCCAUUCACAAUGCCGUCAAUGAGCGCGCCUGGGCCGAGAUUAAGCAGUGGGAGGCGCCGUUUUAUCAAAAGGGCUCGAGUUGCGAAGGUCCUAGGUUAAGCUCCUUUUCUGGUUUGAGCUCAAAACUGUCGCCAAAGGCCAAGAUCAAUACAUGGUUGGGUUACCAAGCACCGUUUGAUCGACACGACUGGGUAGUGGAUCGCUGCGGGCAGGAAAUUGAGUAUAUCAUUGAUUUCUACACGGGCCGGCCGCGUGGAGAUGGCAAGCCCUCAUUUUACUUGGACGUGCGGCCCAAGCUAAACAGCUGGGAAGGAGUCAAGAUGCGAGCCCUGCGAGGCUUGGGCAUCCAGUAA